UGAUUCCUUUUUAAUGGAAAUAACAUUAAAUUAGUCGCUGUUAGCUGUACUUGAGCAGCCUUUGACUGGCCAUAACCAUGCGAAUGUUGGUUUAUUCUUGUGAAAAGACUUCUCACUUCCCAUCAACUAUUUCUUUAUGCAAAUGCAAUUCAAAAAGCAGCAACUCCAGAUGGAUGAUGCCAAAGGAGAAGUUGAAGAUUAUCUCCACAUGAAAUGAAUGAGAUGACUCUGAUAAUUGUCUUUGGAUUCUUAAGCGUAUGCCAAAAAAUCGCUUCUUUUUGUUAAUCAGGACCUACGCUCGAGCACUAUAAAAUUAUCAGAGCUCAAACAUCUCUCACAGAAACGCUCAAACAAUUUGGGAGUUGUAGUUACAAAUUCAGUUGACUACAGAUAUGGAUGCCAUGUUUUCUCGCCUUCUGUUUCUGAUAAUCAUUUUCUGUUUACUUGCAGGGAGAGGCAUUGCGGAGAAAGCGCAGGCGUUGUUUGUGUUGGGAGACUCUUUUGCCGACACAGGAAAUCGCAAUCCAUAUAAUCAAAGCGAAAACCAGUCAUGGAGACGACCGUACGGUCUGACCUGGCCUGGCUAUCCUGCAGGCAGAUUUUCUUCUGGAAAAAUCCAGACAGAUUUUUGGGCGAAUAUUUUAGGGCUUCCCUCUCCCAUUGCUUAUGAGAUGCUGAAAAGUCAUGACUGUAAAGCAACUGCAAAGAAGAUUCGACAAGGAGUUAAUUUUGCAGUAGGCGGCAGUGGAAUACUUCGAGCCUACGGUUUCACAACAGUGCCACAACAGGUGAAGCAGUUUAAGGAGCUGGUUGGAGGAAGUCUAGGGUUCGAUUCUCACAAGCUCUCGCGGUCAAUAGUCCUUAUCUCCGUGGCUGGAAACGACUACGGUGCAUACGUUUCAAGCAGAAACGGCUCCAGAGAGGGAAUAAUCGAUCUGGUGAAGCCUGUGGUGAGAGGGAUAGUCAAGGCCGUGAAAGAUUUGUAUGAGUUCGGCCUUAGGAAUUUCGUUGUGAGUAAUAAUGCUCAUUUUGGAUGCGCUCCUCAAAUCGGCAAGACAUCCUGCAAUUCGAACUUCGAUGACAUUAUAGCUCUUCAUACGAGAUUACUGACAAAGGGCGUACAAAGCCUCAGAUCUCGUCAUAAGGAAUCAUCCAUUAUAAUUUCAGAUGUUGUGUCUGCGGCUAAUUAUAUUUUCUCCAAUCCUGUUAAAUUUGGGUUUGUGGAUUUGUUCGUUCCUUGCUGUGCUGAGAAAGGCGGGAUUGAUAAGUGUGGACAGGUGGACGAAGUAGGCAGGGCUUUAUAUGAAGUGUGUUCUGAUAUCAAUGAAAAGUUUUACUGGGAUUCAGUCCAUCCAACGCAGAGAGGAUGGCAUGCCAUAAUGUCGCUCUACAGUAAUGGAGAACCAGGAGGGAACAAAACUAUGAGUUUUAUAGAGGGGGUGCCAAAUCUUAUUGACUGGCUACACUCACUUGGAUUCGAUGCUUAUAGAAUCUCCUCAUGAUCUACCCAACGUUACCACCUAGAUAAACAAACCAUAACAUUUAUCAUCUAAAUAAUCUUUUGCUGGCAUUUCUUGAUCUUCUCAAUGAUGUUAAUGCCGCUGUAUCUGUAUGUGAUUCAAUAAAAAGUUCUGUAAACAGCUAGAACUUUUCCUUUGGAAAAGGAGCAGCUGAGAUUACAUAUGAAAUUGUUAUGAUAGAUAUAUAUUUUUUCAAAAUUGUAUUACGAUCAAACCAAAACAAUAAAAAACCAAUGGUGAAACCAGUUGUUUAA